CACCUGUGUUAAGGAGAGAAUCACUGACAUUAUGUCAGCUGUUUACUCUUGAAAACAUUUUGGAGUAUAUGCAAAUUGCUAUCAUAAAAAAUUUGUGAAAAUAAAUAUUUGUGUUAUUCUCAAAACGUUUGGCCAUGGCUGUAUGCCAUAUCUCACGAUAGUGAGUACACAACUCACAUUUCAGCAACCAUUUUAGUAUCUUCUCAAGGAUAGAAUUGUUGCUCACCACAAAGAUGGUCUAGGCUAUAAAAAGAUCAGAAACACCCUGAAACAAAGUUGAAUUAAACUUCAUUCAAAUUAGGAUACUACUAAAUGAUCAUGCUGCUAUGCAAAUAUGCUAAUAUGCCAUUGCUAUGUCAUUUUUAUUAUUUAAUGCUUCUAAAAGAGUGGGGUGGUGUGGGGUGUGUGUGGGGGCUUAGAGCUUUGACACAAUUCAAACACUGGUUGCAAAUGCAAAAGUGAGGAGGAGACCUUGUGUGUGGAAAAGGAAAUGUGUUUAGAUAAGUUUCCACCAUUCACAGUGCAAUUUAAGCUUUUGACAUUUUCUUGCAAAACGAAACCAGGAAGCUCUACCUCUUGAAGAAAAUGAAACCAAAAGAAUACUAUAAAUACCACCUUUACACAGACACACACACACACAUGCUCAAACAGCAGAUAUAGGAAUAAAGUUCCAUUGUGGAAGGCUACUGCAAAUAAAACAGGAUUUUCUCCUUUGAAGAUAAAUUCUUGAAGCUGAAAAUAAAACUCUAAAGAAUCCAUUGCUUCCUACUUUCUGACAUUUACUGAUUAUUUCCAUGUCACUGAAGAAGAACUUCAAAAAGGUAGAAGUUGAAAGAAUGAGUAACAGCUUAAACCAACAUUAUGAGGACAAGGUACGUCCUUACAUUGAUCUUGUAGACAGUCUAAGGUCACUCGGAGUAGAGAAAGACCUGAACUUGCCAGCCAUUGCUGUCAUAGGUGAUCAGAGUUCAGGAAAGAGUUCUGUAUUGGAGGCUCUUUCAGGAGUGGCUUUACCUAGAGGCACAGGAAUUGUGACUCGCUGCCCCUUGGUGUUGAAACUAAAGAGAGUUGAUAAGGAUGCCACAUGGUCUUGACGUCUAACAUACAAGAAUCAAGAAAAACACCUUCUUAAGCCAUCAGAUGUUGGAAACGCUGUUUCAAAUGAACGCCUUGGCUGGAGAGGGAAAAGGAAUCAGCCAGGAAAUGAUCUCCCUAGAGAUUAAAUCCAGUGAAGUUCCUGAUCUCACUCUUAUUGACCUGCCAGGCAUUGCCAGGGUGGCAACUGGUGACCAGCCAUUAGACAUUGAACAGCAGAUCAAAAGUCUCAUAGAAAAAUUCAUUAAGAGACAAGAAACGAUUAGCUUGGUUGUUGUGCCUGCAAACAUUGACAUUGCCACCACUGAGGCCCUGAAGAUGACAAACAAAGUGGAUCCAAAUGGGCAAAGGACUCUGGGCAUCCUUACCAAACCUGACUUAGUGGACAAAGGUGCAGAGGAGACUGUUGUCAACACAGUAAAUAACCAGGUCAUCUCACUGAAAAAGGGCUACAUGAUUGUGAAGUGCCGUGGCCAGCAAGACAUCAAUGAGAAUAUGAGUCUGUCAAAAGCUCUCCAAAAUGAGCAAAACUUUUUUCGGGAGCAUCCACAAUUCAGAUUGCUUUUUGAGGAUGGAAAAGCCACAGUGCCUGUACUUGCGGAUAGACUGACAAGAGAACUGGUUGAACACAUUAAUAUGUUACUCCCACAGCUGCACAAACAAGUUGAGGACAAGCUGGAGGAAACAGUUAACAAAUUAAGAAAGCUUGGUGAUGGAGUUCCUCAAGGGGAAACUGAGAAAAACAGUUUUCUUAUUGGGAAAAUCAGUAACUUCAACCAAAUUCUUACUGAUGUAAUACGGGCAGAGGAAGACGUUCAAAAGACAAAACGUAAGGUUUUUACUCAAAUCAGGGAAAAGUUUGGAAAAUGGAAAAAUCAGCUGGAUGACAAAGCUGUCAGACUCGAGGAAACCCUCCGGGAUGAAGUUGAAGAGUACACCAAGACCUGUAGAGGAAAGGAGCUUCCUGGUUUUGUUAAUUACAGAACUUUUGAGAACAUUGUCAAGAAACAUAUAAAGGAUCUGGAGGAACCUGCUAUACAAUUACUGAAAGACGUCAUUGAAAUUGUUCAUUCCUGUGUGAACAAGGUGGUCAGCUUCCAUUUUGAAGCCUUUCCUAAUCUGUUGAGGGCAGCAAAAAAUCCGAUUGAGGAUCUGCUUGAGCAGGAGCAUGACAAAGCCUUAGAGAAAAUACUGUCUCAAUUCAAAAUGGAGAGGAUUGUCUAUUCACAAGAUGGCCUUUACAGCCGCCAGCUAGAGGCUGUCAAACUGAAAGAAGGAUCAUUAUUUAACUCAAGAGGUUACAAGACAGUAAAUGCUGAUGUCAGGGAGAUGGCUCAGCAUCUCAACGCCUACUUCAUGAUCACUUCUGACCGUCUGGCCAAUCAAGUGCCCCUCAUAUUGCAGUACCAUCUUCUGGAUCAGUACUUCUCUCAGCUCCAGGCUGCCAUGCUGAGUAUGAUUGGAUGCCAGAAUGCAGAGAAGCUUAUACGGGAGGAUCCUAGUGUAGCACAGCGUAGGAGAAACUUGAAGGACCGCUUGGAGCGUUUAAGAGAAGCACGAAAGAUUUUGUCGAAGUUUUUGCUGUCUGUUUCUUAAUUCAGUUCUAAAACGUAAUUUAGGUAUGUUACAUUAGAAGAUACAUAGCUAAGUUACAUAGAAUUCUAAAUAUUUGGGUUUAGGGGCAUAGAUCACCUUUCUUUUUAUUUAAUGUCGGAACUCAGACCCCAUUUCCGAGUAGACAUAACAAUUGACAAUUAAGUGGCUCAAUACUCAAAUUAGUUUUAGCUAUUCACUUAUCAAUUACAGUGGAACCCGGUUAUCUCACCCUUGGUUACCUCGACAACCCUAUUAAGUCGAAGUUUUUGAAGUGGAACCGCCAAAUUCAU